GGGGGGAGCCGGGAGCGGGGCGGACUGAGGCUGCGCGCGGGCGUGAAGAGGACUUCGCCGUCGAGAUGGACGUCUUCCUCAUGAUCCGACGCCACAAGACCACCAUCUUCACGGACGCCAAGGAGUCCAGCACAGUGUACGAGCUGAAGCGCAUCGUGGAGGGCAUCCUCAAGCGGGCCCCCGACGACCAACGGCUCUACAAGGACGAUCAGCUCCUGGAUGACACUAAGACCUUGGGAGAGUGUGGCUUCACGAGUCAGACAGCCCGACCCCAAGCCCCGGCCACUGUGGGAUUGGCUUUCCGUGCAGCUGACGACGCUUUCGAAGCCCUCCGCAUCGAGCCUUUCUCCAGCCCGCCUGAGCUGCCAGACGUCAUGAAGCCCCAGGACUCCGGGAGCAGCGCCAACGAGCAAGCCGUGCAGUGAGGAGCCCGGCCCCCCGACCCCUCGGCGGCCCCAGCUCCAUCUCCACCUCAGUCCCUCCAGAGCCACUUGCCACCACAAUAAAAAGAUUUGUGUCAGG